GCAUUGAAUUCGGUGUGUUUUUUGAUAACUGAUGGUCAUUUUUAACAGCGGCCCAGCGUUCCCCCUGGAGGGGGCGGGGCUGUGGACACUAAGAUGGCGGCGACUGUGACUCGGCUUUCUCGUGCAUGCUUAUACGCCAGGGGAGUUUCUGCGGCUCUCCGACUGCACUGCAGACACAAAAAUGCAGCAAACUGGCGGAGUUCAACCUCUCUAAGUCAUAAGUGCAACUUCAGUACAACUUAUUCAAACUUUACUCCUGCUGUCACCCAACCUGCUCCAUUUUUCAAGGGCACUGCUGUGGUCAAUGGUGAGUUCAAAGAGAUCAAUUUGGAUGACUACAAAGGAAAAUAUCUUGUCAUUUUCUUCUAUCCUUUGGAUUUCACAUUUGUUUGUCCAACUGAGAUCGUUGCAUUUAGUAACAAAGCAAACGAGUUCCAUGAUGUGAACUGUGAAGUAAUCGGUGUUUCUGUAGACUCUCAUUUCUCUCAUCUUGCCUGGAUCAAUACUCCGAGAAAGAGCGGAGGUCUAGGGCAUAUGAAUAUACCACUAUUGUCUGAUAUAACAAAGCAGAUCUCUCGGGAUUAUGGAAUAUUAUUGGAAAAUGCUGGUAUUGCACUGAGAGGACUUUUCAUCAUUGAUACUAACGGCAUUAUCAAGCACAUUGGCAUCAAUGAUCUGCCUGUAGGUCGCAGUGUUGAAGAGACUCUACGUUUGGUUAAAGCCUUCCAGUUUGUGGAAACACAUGGAGAGGUUUGUCCAGCUGACUGGACACCUCAAUCUCCAACGAUCAAGCCUUCCCCAAAAGGUUCGAAGGAAUACUUCGCAAAGGUCAAGGAGUAGCUUCUAAAUUUUGUUCUUACUACUCUUGUUCCAGCUUGGACUUUUUGGAAUAAGUGUUUUCAGAAGUGAAUGUGUUUUUCAUCCGAGAAUAGUGUUGAUUGUCUGAUUAAAAUUCAGAAAGCCGAAAGUACAAUAUUUGAAAUGUCUAUCUAGUAAUUUUGAAUCCUGUAACCACUGAACUAUUACUCAUUGUUUAAUAAGGUACAUGUCCUGAAGAAAGCCACAUGGACAAGGUCUGGCCAUAUAUCAUGAUAACUAAAAUUUGAGGUAGUAGCUAACAAUGUAUCAAAUGAAUUGCAGGUCUCCUGAAACUUAUUUUUUGCGGUAUCAUUUAAGUUUAAAGUUUAUUGCUUAAAUAAUUAAUGACUUGAUUGUUAAAUAUUUCGCUAUCAUGCUUACUUCAAAAUAAAGGUAUAAAUGUUUUAUGUUC